CAGGCCGCACCUUCUAGGGCCAUGCCGGGCGUCCUCAUGCCCGCCGACGGACUUGCUGGUGAGUUUGUUGGGACAAAGGGAGAAACUUACCAACGCCCCGUGAUCAGCCGGGGCCGGCCGACGUCUCGUUUUGACCAGUUGGGUAGGAUUGGCGAAGGGAGAUUUGGAGACGUCUACAUUGGCGCCGAUCGGUCGACAGGCAAAGUCGUGGCAAUCAAAGAAGUGCGACUUCCCAAUCUUGAAAGAAAUGGUCUGCCGAAGGCUGCUUUGCGGGAGCUGCGGGCUCUGCAGCACCUUGAGGGACACCAGCACGUCGUUCGCCUCCUGGAUGCUUUCCCACGAGGAGGAUCUCUGGCGCUUGUCCUGGAAUACAUGCCUAGCGACUUGGAAGUGAUGUUUCGGACGCGGAGGUCCGUUUUCCCGGAGAGCCAAAUCAAGUCCUACAUGUGGAUGCUGCUUCAAGGCCUUUCCUACCUCCAUGCCCGGCGCAUAUUACACCGAGACUUGAAACCAUCCAAUAUCUUGCUGUCUGCCCGUGGAGUCA